UCUCGAUGGAAAGUGAUCUUAUAAAAAUAAUAUAUGAAUUUGAUGAUGUUUAUAAAAAUACUUACGUUAAAUUCGGUGGAAUUGAUGAUAUUUACUGUCGAACGACAAAACAUCUGAACAUUCCAAAAGAUUAUCUAUCGGUUAA